AUGGAUGCUUUCAGACUGUUGACUCGGUCAACCAGAUUCAAGUCGGCCGCUGCGCCGGGCACAGAGCCCGCUGCCCCCCUGCCCUCGACGGGCAAGGCGGCGAAUCCGCAGCUUUUCCGCACCGCCGAGGGCGAGAAGCUCGAGGCGGCGAAGAAUAGGAAGAAGAGGAAGAGAGCCGCGGCCGUCGACGACGAAGAGGCCGGAGAUGAUGCCGCCGAGCUGGACUUUUUCCAGUCCUCCAAGCGCUCUUCCGCAGCAAAGGCGGAGGCAUCUGCACCGUCCAAGAGCGACCAGGACCAGACGUCUGACCAAGACGAUGGAUCCGAUGAAGAUGAUGAAAUGGAUGAAGUCGAGCGUCGCACUAUUUUGAACUCGCAUAAGAUCAAGGUGACUGAUCUGCGUGACCUGGACGUGAUCCAGCCCCAGCCUCCCAUCACCAAAGAAUCUAAAAAGAAAAAGAAGAAGCAAAAGAAAGAGGAGACACCCGUACUCAGCAAAAAGGAACAGAAGCGCGCGCGGCGCAUGUACCCCCAGCCGCUGACCUCGUUCAAGGAGCUGCGUACGAGGUACAAGAUCUCUCGGCGACUGGCUGAGAAUGUUGCGGAGCAGGGAUUCACAGUGCCUACGGAAGUGCAAUUGGGAACUUUGCCUCUUUUGCUGGGCGAUUCUUGCGUUUCCUCGAAGACUACUGAGGAACCGGAUUUGCUGGUUGUCGCGCCAACUGGUAGCGGAAAGACGCUGUCGUUUUUGAUCCCGGUGAUUAACAAGAUUGUUCGGCACCAUCACUCCUCGCAAUCUGAUGAGCAUGGCAUUUUGUCGAUUGUUGUUGCGCCGACCAAGGAGCUGGCAAGUCAGAUUGUCAACGAAGGCCGGAAAUUGGUGGCGGGUACUGGUGUCAAAAUCACUUUGAUGAAAAAGGGUAUGCGCGUGGUGGAACGCGAGGACGAAGGCGAGGCAAAUGUCCUCGACGAGGACAGCGAGGCAUCAAGGUCAGACGACGAGGAAGACGACGACAAGCCGAAGAAGGCCCGUAGCAAUGCUCCGGUCACCAAGAGUGAUAUCCUGGUCACUACACCCCUUCAGCUUGUGAACGCCCUAUCCGCCCACCAGACAACCACCAUGGCAAGAUUGCCCCUUGUGCGAAGCUUGGUUCUCGAUGAAGCCGAUGUGCUACUUGACCCGCUUUUCCGCGAGCAGACUCUCGGCAUUUGGCGCUCAUGCGUCCACCCCGAUCUGCGCGUGAGCCUCUGGUCUGCGACGAUGGGCUCCAACAUCGAUGAUAUCACCCGGUCGACAAUCAAAGAGCGACAAGACGACAUCGGGCAGACAACACAACACCCACUCGUUCGUCUCGUCGUCGGUCUCAAAGACUCCGCAAUCCCCAAUAUCGAGCACAAACUCGUUUACGCCGCCACUGAGCAAGGCAAGCUCCUCGGCCUGCGUCAACUCCUCCGCCCAACUGCCGCCACGGCGUCUGACGUCCGCCUGCGUCCUCCAUUCCUCAUUUUCACGCAAACCAUCCCCCGUGCCAUCGCCCUCCACUCCGAGCUGAAAUACGACAUACCGGCCGAAGCCGGCGGGUCCUCGCGUAUCGCCGUCCUGCACUCCGACCUGUCCGACAGCCAGCGCUCCGAAAUCAUGCGGGACUUCCGCAAGGGCGAGAUCUGGAUCCUGGUGACAACCGACCUGCUUGCCCGUGGCGUGGACUUCCGCGGCAUCAACGGCGUCGUAAACUACGAUAUCCCCAACUCCGCCGCCGUCUAUGUGCACCGAGUGGGCCGGACCGGUCGUGCAGGCCGCGCGGGCGGUAUCGCCGUUACGUACUACACGAAGGAAGAUAUUCCCUACGUCAAGAGUAUCGCCAACAUUAUCGACGUCAGCGAGAAGCUGCGCGGCACCGAGGGCAAAAAGUCGAUCCAGAGGUGGCUGCUUGACUCGCUUCCGGACCUGAGCAAGAACGAUAAGAAGGAGCUCAAGAAGCAUGGUGUCAAGGCGCGGCAGGUGUCGAAGCAGCUGGGCAAGGAUAAGGAGGGUGAGGGCAAAGGUAUGCGUGGGACCAGGAUUAGUACCAAGAGUGGGUUUGAGAGGCGCAUGGAGAACCGCAAGAAGGGGGCUAUUGAGGCGAGUCGCAACCGCAAGGCGAAUGCUUCUCGGGGAGCUGAGGAGAGUGAUAAUGGUAGUUGGAAGGGGUUGGAGGAUUAG